CGCCAACUCCUCUCUCUCAUUCUCUCACUGCGUCUCUACUCUUCUCCCUCCCAAACAUUCUGCGUUUAUUCUUCUCUCUUUCCCUCUCCCGCUCUCCUCUGCGUCUCUUCUCUGUACCACAGAGUUGUCGUUCGUAUUAUAGCAAAAAGAAAGACCUGGGGUCGCUAGGGUUUCUUCAAAGUCUCUUCGACUAAAACCUCUUUCUGUAACCCCAAAACCCAUUGAAUUUCGCAGCCAUGGCGAGCACCAAAGUUCAGAGGAUUAUGACCCAACCCAUUAACUUGAUUUUCAGGUUCCUUCAAAGUAAAGCUCGCAUUCAGAUAUGGCUCUUUGAGCAGAAGGACCUCAGGAUUGAAGGCCGAAUUAUUGUAAGUUUGUUUUGUUUUGUAUUUUCAAACGAAAUUUUUAUCAGGCUCCACUAGUGUUUUAGUGUUAUUUUGUUCAUAUUGCUAGAUGCUUAUUAGCAUAAAUUGAGUUCUUUGGCUUUAUUUAUCUUUCUAAUUGAUCUGCCCAUAUUGGGAAUCAAGUGUCUUUUUUCCCCAUAUGAUUAAGCUUAAAAGUCACUGUUAACUGUCAUAAAAUUAGUGUUCAAUUUAAGUAUUCUAUUGUUGGUUGGAUUUUACCCGUAAACCUGAGGAAUUUUAGGAAGAGUCAAACUCAAAACCUAACAAUUUACUUUUGUACAAACUCAAGCACGCUUGUAAAAGUAUAAAGUAAUAAAUAGAGAGUUCAUUACUUAUCACUUCUAUUCUCUACAUGUAAAAAGACAAAAAACAAAAAAUUUCUACAACAGGGAGGAGGGUAGGGAGUCUGUGGAGCUUUAUUUUUUAGUGACUUGAAAAGAUGGAAUAAAAGUUGGGGGGAUAAUAAAAGUUGGGGGGAUGCCAAACUCUGGCAUUUAUUAGUAAAGUAAAAAUUUCAGAUAGCUUUUAGCUAGACGGCUUGCAUGCAAUGUUGCCUAAGAAGGAAACCUGACUUUCUGAGCAACGCAUACCAUCUGAUGCCUUCCCUGAAGAAUCCUUAUUAUCUUUCCUUUUUUGGAACAAGGAAACCCUUUUAAAAAUAAAAACAAAAACUCUACAAGUACCUAACCAUGCAUGAAUCAAAGCUACUUUCUGAAGAAAAAGACAACUUUUUGACACUACUUGAGAAAAAUAAAAGUGCCCAUAAUGUCUUCAAGUCUGUUUUGGUCAAUAUAGAAAGCAGAGGACCAUAGGAAAUAAGCAGAGGACCAUAGGAAAUAUUCUUCUUCUCUGGUCUUAUUUGUGAUCUCAACCACCCAUUACUUCCUUGGCUUUCUGAAUCCUCCAAGGUUCUCCACCCUACUAUAAAUACACAACAGCUCCCUUAUUGCCACUACAAACCAAAGAGAGUAACCUUUGAACUUUCUUCAUCUCAAAAUCUCUUUAAGCCUCUGUUUAAUAUCUCUGUGUCAAAAAAGAGUUAUGGGAGGCAACAACAGGCAGAAAACACCCUCCUCCUCCUCAUUCUUCAGCUUGUUCAAGUCGAGGAGGCCUCGCAGGGGAGGUGACGAGUUAGCCAUAUCCGCCCUUGUGGUGGAGGAAUCGUAUAAGAGUGUAGGAAAGGUGUGGCAUAGUGUGGAGGACAGAGGUCGGUGGGUAGCUGAGCCCGGCAUUGACGACAAAGCUGCUGCUUUCAUUGACAGAAUACACAAGAAGAUUGCGUCAGAAUCUGAUGUCCAACCUCAACUGUCUGUAAACCCAACUGGAAAUGCCUGAGCUGCGUUAGUGUAUUAUAAUGUUAUUUUAUUCAAAAAAGUUGUAUCUAGUUUGUGAAUCACUAUAAUAAAUGUAUUAAGUAUUUGUCUGUUCA